GUAAGGAGCGGUUCGGAAAGACAUUACAUCAGGCCGAAAGUUCGAGCAGUCCAGAAGAUAGUUCAAAUGAAAGUUCCAAAGCUGAAAGAAGUUUACACGAUAAGAGAGAUAAAAAAAUGGGCGAAAAAUAUGCCAGGGCGGGGAUGAAAACUAUAUUAAAGACUCUUCCACCCGAACUCGAUAUGAAUUACGAAGAAACGUUCAAUAGCCCAGCGAAUGUUAAAAUUCGAAGAAGACUAAUUCUUGAAUUAGUAAAGUCAUUAAAGCCGAAACAUCGUGCUUUAAAUAAGGGACAAAUCGACAGUGAUAAUCGACGCUUACAUGCCAAUGGUCGUUUAAAAGUUAUUGAUUAUGAUAAGAUGGAAUUGAUUACAUUAUUGGCGAAUAAAAAAGUUCACUUACCGGAAUUGAGUGAAACUGACGAGGAGAAUGAUACAAUGCGUAAUAUCUGCGAAUACGACCUUUCCUAG